GGCUUUACAGCCAGCCGAUGCAAACUGAAGCAGAAGUUCAGUCUAGCAUCGGAGACCUUGUGUUGGCAGCAGAGUUUAUGGAGCAAGUGAAUGAAGUAACACAACAAGGACAUGACAUCAUUGAUUGUGUUAUACAUGACCAUGGAGAUUACGGUGUGCCAGAUGAUCCUGAGUACUUAAAACAGAUUGUAAAGGAGCUGAAAAGGACUUCAUAUCACCAGACCCAACUUCUCCUCUCACUGCAAGAAUCGUUGGACAAAAAGCAGAAGGAAUGCCAGGAGCUCCAGGAGAAGUGGGAGAAUGAACGGUGGAUGCUGUUGGCUGACACGGGUCAACAGAUCUCUCAGCUGGAGGCAGAGAUUAAGAAUUUACAUUGUGAAAAUGAAAUAUUGGAAAAGAAAAAUAAAGACUUACAGGAGCAGUUGGCACAAAGUUCUGGGACGGUGCUUUAUUUAGGCCAGCAGGUAAAGGAUCGUGAAAACCAGAGGGAAGAAAAAAGCUUCAGCAUGAGCAGCAUAAAAAAUGAAAGCAAGCUGGUACGGUUUUAUACAGGUUUUGAAAGCUACGAGCAACUUGUUGAUUUCCUCACCUUCCUUACUGCAGACCAAAAACUAUGUGCUGGCAAAAUCCGUAAGAGAACAGAAGUUGGACCUCAAAGUGCUCUCAACUUGGAGGAUCAGCUGCUUCUUGUUCUCACCCGAUUACGCCUAGGCUUAUUGCUUCAAGACUUAGCCUUUCGAUUCAGAGUAUCAGAGUCUACGGUUUCUCGCUACUGGCUAAACUGGACAGAGCUUCUACAUGCAAGACUUACCCAGAUCCCCAUUACGUACAGUUCUAGAUACCUAGAACUUUUUGAGCCGAAAAGGACAGUGCAGCAUCAAGGCCUUACCUGCACUAUCAUGGACUGUACAGACCUUUUCUUUGAGGUUCAAGCAAAAGACCGCGUAAGACCAGCUUCUUCCCAUCCAUGCAGAAAUCAUUACCUAAGACGUGGAUAUGCUAUAGCGUCUCCCAAUGGUUUUAUUACUUUUGCAUCUAGCUUGACUUUUGGAAUAGCUACAAAGGUAAUGGAUGGACAACCACAAGACCUGGCUGGUGGAACACACCCUCCAAUAAGGCUACCACCAUUUAUGCAAAAUACACCAAUUCAAUUAACACACCAACAGCAGGAAUGGAGUAGACGGGUUCUCAGCCUUCUAAGCCUCAUUGACAAAGUUUUAAACUUCCGCUUUCUAAAGUUUGUGUACCCCCAGAGCAUGGAAGCGCAAGUUGAUAGAGCAUGGACAAUUUGUUGUUACUUGGCAUGCCUUUUGCAUGAGCCGAUGGGAUUAUCCUAAAUCUAGACAAGAAUGUUGCUUUCUGCAGUCCUACACGUUUUUGCUAAAUACAUUUUUCUU